AUGAGGUCUGAAAACUGGGUGAGGGGUAGCGCUUUGCGCACGGACCCCUUAUCGAUCUAUGCGCUGCGUCGCCGAACACAUGAUGUCUCUGCCCAGCAGGUCUUCGACAGCUGUUUCCACAACCACGCCCUCACCAAGAAUCGGCAAUGCUUCUGCGCCCUCCACCUGAAGCUCUUCUACGGCGUUAGUGAUCGAGGUGUAUGGUCCGUGGGCUCGCGAUACAUUGUCAAAGAUCGAGGCAUUACACCCCCAAAUUUCGAGGCGCAAAGCAUACAUUUCCUUCAUGAUGCUACCACAAUUCCAGUCCCCGCGAUUCUCGCCCAGUGGAACGAGGAAUCAGACGGCGCUUCUUUGGCAAUAAUGGAUAGGAUCGAUGGUGUGACCCUUGACGAGGCCUGGCGCGAUCUACCGCAGGCCGACAGGGAGCGUGUUGCAAAACAAAUUGUUGAUCUCCUGAACCAGCUUCGGGGUCUUCAGAGCAAUCGACUGCAAAGUUUGGGCGGACAGCCGCUGUACUCUGCAUUCCUGUUCCGAAACGGGUUUGGAUUACCACAUGGUCCCUUUCAGUCCGACGAGGAGGUCUGGGAAGAUAUGGUCCAGGCUUUAAAGAAGGUUCCCGACAAAGCUUGCCGUCAUCUACGGCAACGCAUGCCGCCCUGUGCGCCAUAUACCUUUACUCAUGGCGAUCUCUCAACUUCAAACAUCAUGGUCAAGGAUGGGAAUGUCGUCGGCAUAAUUGACUGGGAGGCAAGUGGCUUUUUCCCAGUUUGGUGGGAAUUUGUAGCCACAAGCAUCUACCAAGACGACAAAGAUCGAGAGUGGAAAAUGCUACUGGAAAAGUGCAUGGCGCAAGAAUACACCAAAGCAAAAGAGUUCUGGCUGGAUUACUUCUCCCUGUCUCACUAUCCUGACG